AUGGUCCAGGGGCUGCUGCCUCUCACGACCCUCCUCCUCGUCCCCCUCUCCAACCUCAAACUCGGCGCGUACAAGUGUCUCCAGCAAAACUACUACGGCAUCUACGGCGGCCGCCAUGCUUUCAUCGUCGACGACGCCUGCUGGACGUCCUCCUUCUCCCUCAUGGGCCUCGGCACUUCCGCGACGCACGACAGGCAAGAGAGCCGACAUCUCGUAUGGCUCGAGCGCGUGCGCGUCGACCCCUCCCUGCUGGACGCGCCGUUCGAUGUCGAGCUCGAUUGGGUGCUUGGCAACCUGACAGACUUCUCCUCGCACUCACGCACGAGCCCCUGGUCGAGCGGCAUCGCGCGGGCGCCGCAGCUGCCAUUGAGUACAUCACAGCGGCCCGCGAGAUCGACAGAGCGCGCUGUUCAGACACUGCACCGGGCACACGACGGCGUGCUCCUUUCUAUGGGCGCUUCUGUUCUGGACGCGGUGAAUUUCGGUGAAGUGUCGCUCCCGCGAUUUUGGCGGUACUCGGUCUUCCCCGAAGCCCCCAUCCCUCUGUACCCCGUACCAGAGGAGGCGAAGCAAAGGCUGAGAGAGGCGCUUUCGACGAUCAAGUUCAAUCACGUCGUCGCGUCGAUCGUCAACGGGAUCUCGGUGUACUCGUUGCGGAGGGACAUCCGGUAUUUGACUGGGGAGGACGCGUUGUCGAACAUCGUCUCGCGGCAUUCGUUCACGGAGGGCGCGCUCCGCGCGGCGGAGUGGCUGAAGGAGCAGAUAGAGGAGACGGGGGCGUCGUGCGUCCUGGAGGCCUUUCAGGUAGGCUUCGCUCCGAACGUCAUCUGCACGUAUGCAGCGUCGACGAACACGAUGGAGACGAUCAUCGUCGGCGCGCACUACGACUCCCGCGGCUCGUUCGGGAGCGCGCGCGCCCCCGGGGCGAACGACGACGGCUCCGGCACGGGCGCGCUCGUGGGCAUCGCGCGCGCAAUCGCGCGCCGCGGCGUGGUGUUCCGGAAGAACGUCCAGCUCGUCGCGUUCGCGGGCGAGGAGCAGGGCAUGGUCGGGUCGCGGGUAUAUGCGCGGACGCUCAAGGACGCUGGGGCGAACGUCACGAUGAUGAUCCAGGGCGACAUGCUGGCGUACCAUGUUGCCGGGGAGUUGCCCCAGCUUGCGCUGUCGGAUCCUGCUCUGGUCGGCACAGCUGAGGUCACACAGAUCUUGGCGAACGUCUCUGCGAUCUACAGCCCUGACCUCAAAGUCGGGUACUCUCCCUACCCCGGCGGCAGCGACCACCAGCGCUUCCAUGAGUACGGCUUCCCUGCUGCACAGGUGGAGGAGCGGAUAGGGCUCAUCGCAGACCCUAUGUACCACGAUAGCGGUGAUCUGAGCGAGCGGGAGGGGUACGACUUCGAGCAGAUUAAGUCGAUCGCGAAAGUCGAGCUCGCGGCAGUCCUACACGUUGCCGGCUUCGACCUGUCCGGUCCGGCUGAAGACGUCGAAGGUGGGGACGAUUCAUGACAUGCAUGCGUGCUGCAUCGCAGCAAAUCAUCACUUUACUGGGGGCGCGGACAAUCGUCGAUUUGCUUUCGAGUCUUACUAUUGUUGUUGCUCUCGGGAAUACCGGUCUUGUAUCAUAGGGACAUCGGACGGAACGCAGUUGGCUUCCUUGCACCAGUGGUAAUGUGAUGCGUGCGACGACGUCGUGUUCAAGGGCGUAAGCACGCGUGCGGACUGACCAGAUCGGUCGUUGCAAGUCAUGCAGUCCAAGCAGUACCAUUACUACAAUACGGAACAAAUGGGGUUGUGUCGCUGGUGAGUCGCGAAGUGCAUGUAUACAGUACAAUGAGAGUGGGUCGUCUCUAGAUGUAUCUAGGACAAAUACAGAACGAAAUAGUCGUCAAAUGUUCGUCUCGCCUCCUUCCCCGCUUCCCCCACUCCUACCCUUCUACGCGUGGAGUCCGAGACGUAAAUUGUGAAGAAACAAUCAAACACCGUUGGCCAAGGUGAUAAGUUAGUCGCAUCGGGGUUCUGCGAACCCGAUAAAGAUAUGCAAGGCGCCGUGAACGAAGAUGUGGCUGGCGAGGCCGUGACGGGUCGUGGGUGGGUGUGGUCGGAGCGAGCAUGCGGCGUGCUCGCUCGCCGUCAAGAUGGUGGUGAGUGUAUGGGCUAUUCCCUCUACGCAGGUGAGCAGGCGCGCCCUUCUGCCUCGCGGGGGUUAUGCGAUGACGCAGCCAGAGUGCUGCUGGUUGUUGGUGCCCUCGGAGUCGACGAGGAUGUCCUCGACGGCGGGCUCCUCGACGGGGAGGGGAGAGGAGAUGGUGAAGAACGCGUCCAUGACAACUGAGCUGGAGAGGACGGUGUUGAGCGUGGAAGCGUUGGAAGCGAAGAAGUUCGCUGCGCUGAGUGGCUCGAGAGCGUGCCGUUGUCUGUCGACGAGAGAGACACAAGAAGCCUGUCAACUUGCUAUUUAACCGCGUUGGCAUGAGAGCAGCGGACAGGGGCGCUCUGUCCUCCCAGGCACGACGACACUGACAAUAGAGCAGUGGGCCAAGGCGGCCGGCCGGCGUGACUGGCAGGUCCUUCCGAGCGUGAGGCAGGAAUUCCGGAAAUCCGCCGUGCUGCACGAACCAGAUAUCCUGUCGGGCUUUGACGACGAUUCGCUGCAUGGGUGCCGCGAUUUAGUCGGGUUCUGCUUCAUCUUGUCGCUCCAUACGAGAUGGUAGGGCCUCGGGGAGCCCGAGCCGGGUCGAGGACUCGGCGAGUGCGCCUGGCUCACGACGUUGAGUCAUCUGAGACGUCGUUAUUGUGUACGUCGGGCUCCGGGGAACGGGAUAUGUCGUACACAGCGCCACUAGAUGCAAGUUUCAGGAAGAUCCGGAUCGCAAUAUGACAUAGCG